AUGGUCAAGGCCGUCGUUGUUGGUGCUGCCGGUGGUAUCGGCCAGCCUCUGUCGCUGCUGCUCAAGCAGUCCACCCUGAUCACUGACCUCGCUCUCUACGAUGUCGUCAACGCUCUCGGUGUGGCCGCUGACAUUGCCCACAUCAACACGCCUUCCAUCGUCACUGGAUACCUCCCUGACAAGAACGGUGGCUUGGACAAAGCGCUCGAAGGUGCUGACAUCGUCGUCAUCCCUGCCGGUGUUCCGAGGAAGCCGGGCAUGACCCGUGACGACCUGUUCAACGUCAACGCCAAGAUCUGCCAGGGCAUCGCCGAGUCUAUCGCCUCGGUUUCGCCCAAGGCGUUUGUCCUGGUCAUCUCCAACCCGGUCAACUCGACCGUUCCAAUCUUCGCUGAGGUGCUCAAGAAGAAGGGCGUGUACGACCCGAAGCGUCUCUUUGGCGUCACAACACUCGACGUCGUGCGCGCAAGCACAUUCGUCUCUGAGGCGGCCGGCAAACCGGCAGAGAGCCUCAACUGGCGCGUCCCCGUCAUCGGCGGUCACUCGGGUCUGACGAUCGUCCCGCUCCUGAGCCAGAGCAACCCGAGCACGAGCUUCGAUCAGGCCAAGGUGGAGGAGCUGACGAACCGCAUCCAGUUCGGUGGCGAUGAGGUCGUCAAGGCCAAGGACGGAGCAGGGUCCGCAACGCUUUCGAUGGCGUACGCCGGUGCGCGCUUUGCCAUCGCCGUGCUCGAGGCCGCCGUGGGCAAGGGAAGCAGCAGCCAGCCAGAGUACUCGUACGUCGACCUGACGAGCGACCAGUCUGGCGCCAAGGCAAUCAUCGACGUCAUCGGCGACCAGACCGCCUUCUUCAGCGUCCCCGUCCAGCUCGGCAAGAACGGCGUCGAGAAGAUCCUGCCUAUUGGCAAGGUGAAUGACUACGAGAGCGGCCUAAUUAAGAAAGCUGUUGAGGACCUCGCUGGCAACAUCUCCAAGGGCGUCGCUUUCGUUGGCAACGCCAAGAUCUAG